AUGCGCCUGCGCAAGGCAGCACGCGUCAUCCUCGUCGGCGCUCCGGGCGUAGGCAAGGGCACCCAAUCCGAGCGCCUGCUCGGCAAGUUCCCCCAGCUCACGGCCAUCUCGUCCGGCGACCUGCUACGCAACAAUGUCAAGAACCGGACCCCGCUCGGCAUCAAGGUCGAGAGCACCAUGAAGUCGGGCGGCCUCGUGCCCGACGACAUGAUCCUCCGCCUGAUCACCAACGAGCUCGGCCAGCGUGGAUGGCUCUCCGGCGGGCGCUCGAACGUCAUGACGCUUUCGUCGUCAGCCGUGGGCGUCGCAGAGGCGUACGAGGACCCCGACCCCUUCAUCGCUGCCAUCGAUAGGAACCCGGCUGCCGGGGCGACCUUGUCAGCCCAGGCGUCUGACGACCCGACUGCGUCAUUCUUGCUCGACGGGUUCCCCCGCACUGCGCCGCAGGCCGAGAAGCUCGACGACAUUGUGCCCAUCAACUGGGCUGUUUCGAUCAAGACUCCGUUCGAUGUGAUCAUGCAGCGGAUCUCAUCGCGGUGGGUUCACGAGCCCUCGGGCCGUGUCUACAACACCUCCUUCAACGCGCCCAAGGUCCACGGGAUCGACGACGUCACUGGCGAGCCCCUUGUGCAGAGGGCCGAUGACAACGAAGAAAUCUACCGGGCCAGGUUCCGGAAGUUCCAAGAGACGAGCGAGCCUCUGCUGGAGCACUAUGCAAAGAAGGGCGUCCUGUGGGAGGUUGAGGGCAUGAGCAGUGACGAGAUCAGCCCCAAGCUCUUCGCCGAGUUCCAGCGGCGUUUCGGUUAG